AUGAGUAGUCCAAGUGUCUUUGCUCCACACAAUGAAACUGCUACUCACUCCUCAUGCUCCACCAAUAUGACCGACAUAGACGACUAUGUCGCUGAUACAAUAGUGUCAUGGAGCACAAGCAUUAUGGUUUCGGUUCUAUGCUUGAUGGCAUUUUUGAAAUUGUUCUUUUUCCCAAGGAUACCACGAUCGCCAUUGCAGACGCCCUGUACCUUUUGCCCACGACACCUGGAAGAAUGCCUCAUACCCACAUUCUUCCUCAUCUUUGCCUACCUCUAUGGAGUCUCUGGCAUUUCGCAAUCCCGAGCUGCUAAUUCUGACGAUGACCCAGAAAAUAGUUACAUGAUGGAAUACAGUCGCCGAGUCAUUCCCUUGAUCAGCGGUCUAUUUGCAGUUCUAGUGGGUCUAGAUCUCAUGAAGAUGUCUUCCUCAUCAAAAUUGAUAUCAAAACGAGCAAUCUGGUGGUUUUGUAUGCUCACCUACUAUGGAUUGGCGAUCACUGGUGCGAUUCGGAAUACUGACGUCUUUGGUGCCAUUGAUCUGUGCACAUUGGUUUAUGCAUGUGGAUUAUUGUUUCUAUGCAUGGGUUAUAUCACAUUGGCUAUCAAUUCAAAAUCCAAUCGGCUCCAUUACUUGGUCAAGGCAUCAUCUGCCUUUCUCUUUAUUGUUGGUUUUGUUUACGACAGUGUCUUUUUUCCAAAGUGUGGAUCCUACCAAGCCUACAAGGAUUGCUUUGAACAAUGUCCAUUUCCAGCGACCAAUAGUAGUGCGAGUCAUCAAAAGACAACUUUGAAUUUGGCCGUCACGGCUGCCACACUUUGUUGGGCAUGGUCAGAGAAUUCGUGUCCCUCCAUCCGGAGAAGAAGUGCCCGAUCCGAUGUUGACGCUGACACUGUCGCAUGUGAUGACUCCUCCUCGAGUGCGGAAUCCUUGGAGGAGGACCCAAAAAACAGAGAGGAACCAGCGUUGGACAACAUAAUAGCCAUUGAUCCAGAGUUGGGUUCACCAGAUGAGACUAUUGAGUUGCCCUCAUUCAAGAGGGAGGAAGGAUCAGCUUCGACACAACCACGAGAACCAGUCGUCAACUGUACUCCAUCUGACCUCUGUCAAAAGUUGACAACACAGGCCGACGAUAGACCUGACUUGCAACGAAUAUAA